AUCAAACACAAAGAAACUGCUCAACAGCAACCAUAACCGAUGCCACUCUGCAAAAUUACGUCGCUCGUGUGUGAAAGAACCGAGGUCAAAAACGCCGAGCAUAUCGCAUGGAGUUGACGACCUACUAGCCGUGUUCAGUGACCAACUCACGAGCGCCGUGACUUUCUCUAACCAACUUCAGUGCAGUUCAAGGCUUCCUGGCGGCCGGUUGCGUGAUACUGCAGCUCACCAAAACUUCCUCAGCAGAAUGGGCGCGAGGUGCUGGAAGCCACGAGGGCCACUGCUACUGGUGUUGCCUAACGUGACGGCGUUACUCCUGCUUGCUGGGACGUUUCUCAUGCUGAACUGGCCUCCUGUCUCCAUCAGGUCGACUGCAGUAAGGAUGAGUCGCGGUGGCGAACAUGUGGAGCAGCUGGAGAAGUCAAGAGACUGUUCUCGGCCUUGUUUGGAUGGAGAGAAGGCUAAAGAAUGCCACUUCAAAUUUGUGCUGGAGACGGUCCCUACAGUUGACAGAGGAUGUUCAAAAUGCCCGGCCAAUGAAACCGAAUGUGUGGAGCGACACUGUGUUCUUGGAGAUGGGGUGCAGAGGAUAAUGCUGUCUGUGAACAGGAAACUGCCAGGAACCGCUGUCCAGGUUUGUGAGGGCGACACUGUCGUCGUGGAUGUCGAGAGCCAUCUGCCCGGCCUAGAGACAGCCCUGCAUUGGUACGGGCAACUCCAGCGAGGAACUCCGUACAUGGACGGAGUCCCAAUGAUUACGCAGUGUCCCAUACAGAGCGAGACGAAUUUUCGGUACAAGUUUCGGGCUUCAAACCCUGGAACCCACUUCUACCACUCUCAUUAUGUUUCUCACCAUGCAGAUGGAAUAUUCGGCCCCUUCAUCGUGAGGCAGACUCCCCGACUUGAUCCCAACUCUGACCUCUACGAUUAUGAUCUUGAAGAACACAUCGUGACUAUCUCUGCUUGGUCACGCUACGCAUUUGUUUACAACCUUAACUUGCCAGAGAAUAUGCACUUAUCUUCAAUACUUAUCAAUGGAAAGGGAACUUACUUUAAUCCAGAUUCAAAACCAGGAAGCCAGAUGCCAAAAACUAGAUUUGCAGUGAAGCGGGGUGGCCGAUACCGUUUUCGUGUCAUAAAUGCUGCACCUCUGGACUGCCCAGUACAACUUCAGGUGGAGGGCCAUAGACUGAUGAUCAUUGCAUCUGAUGGAGCACCAGUGAAAUCCACAGAUGCUUCACAUCUGCUAUUAUUUCCAGGUGAGCGGUAUGACAUAGUUUUAAAUGCUGAUCAGCCAUCGUCGUCAUACUGGAUAAUGGUCAGAGGACAUGAUCAAUGUAAAAAUCUUCAUCAGGAAGCUCUGCUUGUCUAUGAUGGAGCAACUUUGCCUCAUAAACUGAAUGAUAUUACCAAAUCUUCUCUAAGUGAACUGUCUGCUGCUAUGGUGAAGCUGUGCCCCAGUUUGUCUUACCCAACUUGCAGACCACAAGAAAUAAAGUCGCUGCAAACAGCAGACACACAGAAUAACCUUGCAAAACUGCAGGUACCUCAGGCUGACAUGAAACUGUUCAUUCCCUUUGAUGUUUAUGCUUAUGAUGGCUUUACUGAUGCAGAUGUCAACUUCGGUUUCAGUUUGAAAGAGUCUUUAUACUCUCCAAGCUACCUGUAUAACAGGAAUACUCCUGUGCAGCUGUCUCAGGUGGACAGACUGACAUUUAGAUAUCCAUCUUCUCCAUUGCUGAGCCAGCCUGAGUUUAUACUCAGAGAGAUGCUGUGCGAUGAGCAGUGCCGGAACCGCAAGUUCUGCGAGUGCCUCCACAUAGUUCGUGUUCCUCUCAAUGUCGCUCUGGACGUAGUCCUCGUCGAUGAAGGUUAUGGUAGUAAUCACUCCAACACAUUUCAUCUACAUGGAUACAAUUUCCUUGUUCUGGGUUCUGAGUCUCUUGGUCAUCCUGUAGAUGUGGCUGAGAUUAAACAGAUUGACAGUCAUGGCUUGCUCUCCAGAAACCUUGUGGAUGCUCCCAGAAAAGACACAGUCGUAGUCCCUAAUAAAGGCUACACGAUCAUCCGUCUGUUUACCGAUAACCCCGGUUAUUGGCUGUUUGAGGUUCGUUCAGAAAGCUCCAUCAUAGGAGGAGGGUUGCAGUUCAUUGUCCAAGUAGGCGAACAGAAUCAUCUUCCUCCAGUACCACCAGAUUUUCCUCAUUGUGGUACCCAUAAAUGGCCAAAUUUCGUAUUUUGACAUAUUGUUAAUAUUUAUGUUUGUAAUUUUGUGUUUAAGAAUAAAGUUUAUUUAUUCUUUCA